AUGCAUCAUCACUGCUGGCGUUUGUGUUAUUGGAGCUCCUUCCCCCAACAAAACUGCUGAUCUGAAUUACAUUUUGUUUUGAGGUCUAUAUCAGAAGCACCACAUGACCGACCAAACAUGAUCGCAAUCUCAGCAGAUGGAUCUGCAGAAUCCUCUUCUCCUCGUCUGCGCCUCCGUUGGCUGUUUCUCCUGCUCCUGCUGGUGUUGAUCUACGGCUCUCACGCUCCUCUGCUCUCGCUCUGCAAAACACAAUCACAGAUCCCCUUCAGCGCUUCAUCGUGUGUGCUCCUCAUCGAGACCUCCAAACUCUUCAUCUCCUUCGUCUCCCUGCUAGCAUCCGGGAGCGUUUCUACUUUCCGAAUCUCCAAAUCUAUGACAACAGCAUCCCCGUACGCCGUCCCCGCCCUCCUCUACGCCUUCAACAAUCAUCUAGUGGUCUUCAUGCAGGCCUACAUGGACCCCAGUUCCUUCCAGGUGCUCAGUAACCUCAAGAUUGCCUCCACAGCUCUCCUCUAUACAUCAUGCUUAGGAAAACGUUUGCAUCGCAGACAAUGGUUUGCUAUUGGUUUGCUAAUAUCUGCCGGCGUUUCUCACAGCUGCUUUAGUUACGAUUUGGACAGCAAACAGGAAACGUCGGUUUACAUCACUUCCUGGGGUUUGCUGUUGGUUCUUGUGUAUUGUUUUGUGUCGGGUUUGGCUGCCGUUUAUACCGAACGUGUGCUGAAGAGCCAGCGUCUGCCGUUGAGCAUGCAGAAUCUGUUUCUGUAUGCGUUCGGUGUUGUGGUCAAUCUGAUGUCUCAUCUGUUUGGUGGGGAACAGAAAGGGUUUUUUGAGGGUUAUUCGGCUGUGGUUUGGGUUAUUGUUGCCGGACAGGUUGCCAAUGGACUGCUUAUGUCUGUGGUCAUGAAACAUGGAACAGGAAUCACGCGUUUGUUUGUGAUUUCGUCAGCGAUGCUGGUCAAUGCUGUGUUGUCCUGGGGGAUAUUGGGAGUUCAGCUUAAUGGAUACUUCCUGAUUCCUGUUGUGCUGAUUGGAUGGGCGGUGUAUCUGUAUUAUACGUAGAGCAGAAACCACUGAAAACCGAAUUCAAGUGAUUGCUUUUUAAAAUCAGAUCGCUAUUGGCCUUUAGAUUGUAAAACAAAUGUAUUUUAUUAUUUAUUAUUUUAGUAGUAGAAGUAGGAAGGAUGAAGUGCUGUCACGAUACUAGAAUUUGAGACCAAUUGGUACUGAAAUUUAAAAAAUGUCCAUUUCCUGCUAACAUUUAAGAACUGUUGAGCGCAUCCUUAAAAAGCAUUGAUUUGCCAUUGUGUUCAGGUGCUCAACAGAAAUGAAUGUGAUUGGCCGUGAAGGUCAUCAGUUCACCGACCUCACCACUGUUUACUGAGUGUAACCACAAUUAUAGGGACACUGGAGCAUUUUAAAGCUGUGAAGAUCCGCUGGUCUGUUUAUAAGCUGACAUAAGUGAGAUCCUCUGAUGAAGCGACUGAUCUUCACGGCUUUUAAACGGUCCAGUGUCUGUAUCUGUGGUUACACUCAUUAAACAGCGGUAAGUUCAGUGUAUUUUUAUUCCUGCUAAAAGCUGGACUGGUGGUGAUUGGGUCGUCAGUGUACAAGUGUCAUACGUAGAGCGGAGCGACCGCAUAAUUUUUGCUUUUUUAUUAAUCCUUAUAUACUGUAUGCUGAAGCAGCGUCUCUGAUUAUUUCAUAUCCCUCUUUUGUUGUUGUUGUUGUUCAGCAAGUGUCUUUAUAUAUCCCUCUGCCUUUGUCCUCAUUGUGGAAGUGCAUCUUACUGUGAACAUCACAUGAAUAAGACUGGAUGUCAUUUUUUUCUGUUGUAUGCAUUUAUUUUGCUUAAAUGUGUUGAAAUGAAUACAUAUGGUGCAGCAUAAAUAUUGUUUGAUUUAUGCCAAUAAAUAUGACAGAUAAUUUUCA